AUGAAGUGGUUUUCGUGGUUCUUGAUGCCCUUAAGCUUGCUCGUCGUGCAGUAUGACGCUGUGCAGGCCCUCAAGCUGCCGUUGACUCGUCGGUCCACCUCGGCUGGGCAUAGCUUUGGGGUGUCAUACAAGGGCAAUACUUCAGGCUUCAACGAGUCUGUUGGAGAUAUCACUUUCAGCGGGCAUUCCGAGGAUAUCGCUUACUCGACCGCUAUUACGUUGGGUGGGGAAGAAUUCGUGGUGCAGCUCGACACAGGAUCCUCCGAUUUAUGGGUGUAUGCGCCUGAUCGUCAACCGCAAUUGACGAACCACAGUAACGUUUUCGUCGAUCUCACGUACGGCUCAGGGAGCGACGCUGGGUUCGUCGACUUCGCUGAUGUUGAGAUUGGUCCAUACUUUAUCCACGGACAAGCUUUCCUGAACGUCGCGAAUUCGACUGGUGACGAAACCUUCUUUGCCGGGGGCAUGAACGGCAUACUGGGCGUAUCCUUCGAGGGCCUUUCUCAGGUAGCAACGCAAGUUGCGCUGGCAUGGGGCAAUACUCUGGGGAAGAGUGUGUUAUCCAACAUCUUCCAGCAGAAUGUGACAGGACCAAACUUCAUCAGUUUUCUGCUCGGGCGGCGGGACGACUUGGACAAUACUGGCAAUGGGUUGUUCACUAUCUGCGAAUACGCGGACGGGUAUGAGAAGGUCUCCGAAACGCCCAACCUUCCUGUCAUUCUCCCUCAGACCCCAGAUGAAUCGCCCAGGUGGCAGGUUCUCAUCGAUGGCUUGAAAGUCAACGGGAGGUCUUUCGCAUUCGAUUCGUAUACCAAGGCCGGGAAGUCGACACCCAAGGAUAAAGCUCUCGCGCUGUUGGAUACAGGCACUUCGUUAGCAUACACAACGAAGCCGUUGCUGGAUUUCCUUUACGCGGAUAUACCCAGUGCGGUAUACCAGGAGGGGGAUCAAAAUUACCGGCUGCCCUGCAUGGCCUCUGCGAACGUUACCUUCAUCUUUGGCGGACAAGAGAUUAAUCUACAUCCACUUGACUAUACUUAUUCCAUCACGUCUGACUCAGACUCCGCUCAAUGCUACAGUACCUUCGCGGUGGGCUCGCAAAGACUUCUUGGUGACCUUGAUAUCCUUCUGGGCGAUGCGUUCCUGAAGAAUGUAUACUCCGUUUUUAACCUCGGCGACUACAUAAACACUUCAGAUGUAGCGGACUCCCUGAAGCUAGGCGACCCCUUUGUGCAGCUGCUACCUACGAUAGCGAACAUGCAGGAGGCGCUGGAAGACUUUCAACGUACCAGAAGUGAGCUGCUGAAGAAGUGGCCAGAAGCAACCAGCCAGAAUGAGGCACAGCCGAGCGGAAACGUCGAUGAGAGGCUUUCGAACGCGGCAGCUACCUCUUCCGAUCAUUUCUCAUCGGGGUGGCCUGCUCUUUCCAAUAAGCUCGAUAAGUAUGGUCCCGUAGUGCUGGGCUUGCUCGCAGGGAACCUCCUUCUAGGGGUCAUACUAUGCGGAAUAGGGAUCAUGUUCUGCGUUCGGAAGGGGGCGAGACAGGGAGGGCAGGCGCGUACAGUGAAUCCUAGCUACUCUCCUGUGCCGCUGCACAAGGAGGAAGGAAGGGGCGGAGGCGACUUUUCCACUCGUUACAGUGAUUAG